CUAAAAUGGUGGAGUUGUAAUUUUAACAACAAAUUUAUUGAAAGUGAUAUUUUUUCAUGAUUAUGCAGAAAAGAUAAGACUGCAAUCUUAAUGCAACAUAUUUUUUGAAAAAUCUCCACCAUCUGUAACUUUCUGACCCCAGGGAUUAUUUGCAAACUGCAGAUUUAAUGUGAAAGGCAGAUGUAAAAAAAAUAGCUGUCUACAAUCCUACACAGUGUGCCACUGAUUGGGUUGUCUCCCUGUAAUACUUGAAAUCAGUACUAAAUGAAUCUGAACUAAAGAGGUUGCCAUUAUGUCAGUAGUUCAGUUAAAAUGUAUGGAUGGUGGGAAUGUAACUGAUGUUCCUGACACUGGUAUUACUGUAGUUGGAAGAGGACCAUUUUUAGAGAUAAAAGAUAGAAGAGUAUCUAGAAAUCAUGCUAAUUUAGAAGUAAAAGAAGGAAAAUUAUAUUUAACAUCGAUUCAUGUGAAUCCAUGUUUUUAUAAAAAAGCUGGUGGAGAUGGCAUACAGAAAAUUUUACAUAAAGACGAAGUUUAUUGUUUAGAAGAAGGUGAUGUGUUCAGUCUUUUACCAGAUCAACUUUUCUUUCAAGUUUUAUACAGAAUAAAACCAGUUAAUGGUGAUGUUAAGAAGGAUGAAUUAACUAGUCAAACUAAUGGAACAACCUCUACACCAGUUAAAAAAAUAGUAAAUGAAGAUGUUGACGAAGAUUGGGAUAAAAGUAGCGGAGAUGAAAAACUUACAAUUGAAGAGACACCGAUGAUCGAGGAAAAACCUAAAACAGAUGAAAAGCCAAAAAUUCAAGCCAAUAAUAAAAAAGAUGAUACUAAAAGAGAAAUGAAGAAGGAAGAACCACAACAAACAAAAACAACCACCUCAUCUAGAGAAACUUCACCAGCAGGACCAUCCACAGUUACCCCACCUGGUCAGAAAGAGAUGGCAUUACCUGUUGAUAGAAAACGUAAACUACCUGAUUGGUUGGUUCAAACGGCUAACUCGGCCCCCACCCCUGGAAAAAAGAAACCUGCACCAAAAGUUACAGCUAAUAAUAAAAGAGAGCCAAGAACAGCAGCAGUUAUUGCCUCCAUUAAACAGGAAGAGUCUAUUACUGAAGAGGAUGAUGAGGAGAUUAUGCCAGUUAAGAAAAAGAGAGGACGACCAGCACCAAGAAAAAAACCUAUUGAAGAUUCUGUUAGUGAAGAAGAAGAUGAAAAGCCAAUCCAGAAGACAUCAAAAGGUAAAGCUGUCCGCACACUAACACCAGGAACACGGACACCUAGACGAAAAGAUAGAUAUGCUGACGAUGACGAUGAUGAUGAUGACGAUGAAGAAGAUGAUGAUAUGCCAAGUAGAAGGAAACCAAAAGCAAUUCCACGUCGAACUGCUCGUCCUCCAACUCCAGAGUCAUUCACUCCUGUGAAGCGCCCAGUACGAGCUGCCAAAUAUGCCCGUGGUAGUUACGUCGAUGAUUAUAUUUUAGAGGAUGAAUUGUCAGAUGACUUAGAAGAAUUAGGAUUUUCUAAAAAGAAAGAUGAUGAAGACAGUGAUUUCAUCGCAGAAGAAGAUGAUUCAGGAAGUGAUUGGGGCAGUAAAAAAACAACCAAAACACCAAAGGGAAAGGGUAAAGGAAAGGCAGCAAGCGUAAGAACACCAAGGUCGCGAGGUCGUCCACGAAAGUCAAGAUCUGAUGUAGAUUCUGAUGAGUAUUUAGAUGAAUAUGUUCCUAGACCUAGUAAAACACGAGGACGUGCCAGCAAGGCAUCAAGAGACGAUAGUGAUGAAGAAGAGGAGAGUUACUCACCUCCCCCUAAAACAAAAUCUCGCCCACGCCCCAAAAAAGCAGCUAAAAGUGAGAGUGAAGAAGAAAUUUCCACGCAUAAAACUAAAGCCAAAAAACGUAAAAGAUGUGAAUUUGGCAAAAAAUGCUAUAGGAAAAAUCCAGGUCAUUUUAAAGAAUUUUGUCAUCCUGGUGAUGAUACAUAUGAAGAAGAAGAUGAUGAACUACCUGAAUGUACAUAUGGUCAAGAUUGUUAUAGAACAAACGCAAAGCAUAAAGAAGAAUAUUCUCACUCUAGUAAACCAUCAGCCACAGUAAGACCUAAACGAGACACAGCUGGUAAGAAGAGUUUAUUAGAAAAUGAUGAAGAUGAUGAUGGUGAAGUCAACACAUACAAUUAUAAUGACUCGUUUUUAGACAACUCUAUGGAAUCAUCUGAGGAGGAAACUUUUGAUCCAGCAGAUGAAGACUCAGAUUAUGAUCCAGAAAGCGAAGAUGUUACAGGUCUCGUAAAAGAAGCCAAAGGAUUUUCUAGAAAUAAAAAAAUGCAAAAACCAGCAAGAAGUAGAUAGAGAUGUUCAUAUUGAAUAGUUCUAAAAAGAAUUACAUUUGUUAUUAUUAUACAUAAUUCUGAAUAUUAUUAAUAAGAGCUGAAUGUGGCGAGAUAUUGGAUUCAUUUCUGACAGAUAUGGUUUUCAGAAUGAAAUUGCUCAUUAUCUUUGGAUGAUGGCUGUCUCUUGCAUGGAAAAUACAUUUUUAAAAUCCUAACUUUGUUAACAUUCUGUUCCUUCUAGUCGUGUUUGUCAAAAUUUUAAAAGGACAUUUCAAGGAGAAAAAGCUGUCUGCUUAUGGUAAAAGCUGGUGUAAAUCAUAUUACAGAAAUGAUUAAGAGAUGUUAGCAGGUUAAUAGUGAGAGAAUGCCCUAUGAUAAGGGAAGUAAGAUGGAAACAAAAACCUUGAGAACAAAGUAAAAUAUUCUAGUAAAGAUAUUAAAAUGAUUGUAUAAUUGUUUGGUGUUGUUUCUGGGAGUUGAGAAAAGGGAUAAGUAGUUGCUAAUGUUUUCAUAUUUCCGGUUGAGAUGUAAUUGAAAAUUGAAGAAUAAAGUAGCACAAUUUUGUUGAUAGCUUCAGAAUGGUAUUAAUUAUUUGUUUAAUAUCUCCGAUAGAUUUAAAUAGAUUUGUUUGUAUAAAUAUGUUGUUUAUUAUUAUUUUACUGUAGAAUGUUAUUGAUGUGAAUUUUAUACUUUCUCUAGAUUUUCUUAGUGCUUUUAUAUUGACGACGACAAUAAUUUGGUUCAUGGAUAUUUUAUAUGAUCUUUUUUUUUUAAUUCCUGGGUUAAAAGUUUAACAUUAUGGAUUUUAGAUUUAGUAUGCAAAUUUAAAAGUUUAUUUUAACUGAUAAUAUGUUAUGUAUACAGUGCUCUCAGAUAAAGAAACAAGGAAGCUUGUUAAUGAUAAUCCUUUUUUUUUAAAAGUACUUUUAAGUACUUAUUGUCAUAAUGUUAAACUUUCUUUGUUCAACAUCAUAAUUCUAAGAAUUUUGUCUUAAAUAAUGUACUUAUAAGUUCUUAGACUUGUAAUUUGUUUGUUUUUGGUCAGUAGUUUACUAAUUAUUGUAAGGCCAGACAUCAUAAACUACUAUUAAAUGAAUUCUUUUGCCUGGGUAUGUGAAAAAGCCUGAAAUUAAAUUACCAUGCAAAAAAAUAUCAUGUUACAUACAUUUAAAAAUAUCAAAACUCUUCACUUUUCACUGAGUAUUUCAAAUUGAGCUUCUGUAGAAUAAGAUUUUGUUUUUGAUCUGGCUUUUCUUAGAUAUUUACAUUUUAAGUUUAAAUUCAUAAUUUAUAUUGUAAAAAAACAAUAGGUACAUGUACAAUAUUUUUACAUAACAUUUAUUCAGAUAAUUAUUUCCUGUAUAUUAUAUUUUUAAGUCAGGUUUAUUGUUAUCGUACAAUAAUUGUUUUAUGGCAAAAGCACUAAAAAUAUUUUGUAUGUCAUGAAAAAUUCAAAAGUCAUCUGUAGAUAUUCAAAGCAACACCAUACACAAUAUUUUGGUCAUUAUUAUUAGAAUUAAUUGAUCACAGCAUAUUCAUUUUUCACUUUCACCAUAUCUGAUUCAUUUAAUCCAUAACAUAUUGCUUCACAUUAUCAGAGAUAUCUUCCAUUUUAAGAUUGUCUUAAUCAUUGUGGAGACUGGGGAUCAUUGACUUUUAGUCAUUUUUUAUGGCAUAGAUAUAAAUCUAUAAAUCUUAUAGUGUGUUUAUUGUUGGCAGCUAGCAAAAUCAAAAAAAAAAAUUUACCCCAUUUAUCAGGAUAUGCCCAGUAUAUCGUCAUCAAAUGUGCAAAGAUUUUAACCCUCAACCAAUGAAAAGACUGUAUCCUUAAAGGAGCUAAAUCGCUAACAUUUGGGACCUAGAAAUUGGCAAAAGUGGGUCGCAGCGCAUAUAAUACUGUAAUAUGAAUGUAUAUAAACUGAUUUACAUUCAAUGUUUCCGUUUUUACUCCAAUUUCAAAUCAUUUAUGUUCGGCGAAAUAAGCCAGCAGUCUCAAGCGAGUGCAAAUUUCUAGCAUCUGGUUAUUCCUGUCUACAUAUGCCGUUUGAUUUGGUGCAUUAUGGUACAUGAUUCGUGUACCAAUGGUAAAAUGUUUAUUUUGUCUUAAAUAUUGGAUGUCAAAACCCCAUCUUUUUCCGGUAAGAUCACAACAUGAAAGUUGAUUUAAUUUGACAAAUAAAUCGAGUUUUCAAUGUUGAAGAUUAUGGAUGAUAUUGAGUUAGAGACUUAGCUACUUUAAGAUAAUUCAGUUUAAGUUUUGAUGAAUAAGGCCCUUGAUGAAGUUGAGAUUAGAACUUGCACAGAAGAUGAGUGCUAUUGGUGGGCUUAUAAUUGGCCUGUUGAUAGGGUGCCCCACCAGAAAUAAAUAUCUCCAAAUAUUUGUGACAAUUAUAACAUAUUUAUAUAUAUAACAAGCCUUAACUGAAAAGGUAAACAACAAGUGGCCAUUACAUGCAUGCAUUUUUGGUGAAAAAUGGCUUGCGUGAAAUUCUUUGUGCUAAACUAGUCUACUGACCGUUGUCUGGCUGGUUGACAGGCCUGGAUAUUCAAGACUAUUUUCUAUUACAGAAAGCUAGAUCAAGAAAUCUAAUUUAGUAACUUGCUAGUUAGGCAACUCAACAAUUAUUUUGAGAAACGUGUAAAAGGAAAAUACUACUAGUAUUCUAUUCAUGCCUAAUGAAGCAGCUUUGUAGAUAUUAAUUGUACUAAACCAACAAAAGAUGCCGCUGCUAACGAUAUAGUUAAUGAUAAAGCAAAUUAAAAAACAAAGCGAACAUAAUUUUCUAAAGCUGCUGUAACAAAUAAAAAGCUAAAUUUUACUGUUCAAAAUUGUUAACAAUAGAUUUUUACGGCUUUAAUAGUUGAUAGAUGUAUAGAAAAUAUCACAAGCGAUAGCUAUUUAUAGGCUCAUAGAACAUACACCGGAUUAUACUCGUGCUGCAUGUCUACCCUGUAAUCACUUGGGAACUUGUCAUUUGAGUGUGAACAUUCGGUGGGGUGAGUUCAACUUUUAAUAGAGCAGAUUCUGACUGUUUGGGGCACCCUACUGUUGAAACAUUAUUUGUAAGAAUGGAUAAAGAAAUUUUUUUAAUGUGGGUGGGCUGUGGAAUAUAGGUUGGUAUUACAGGAGACACAACUUGGCAGAAGAAAUAAUUGGGCCAUGUAUAUGUAAUGUAAUGUACCUGUAUAUCAGUUUUAUAAUUAAUAUACCAGUCUUAAAAAGAAAAAAAUAUAUAUAGUUUAUUGCUAAUCUUUUUAUUUUAAAUUUAAUUUGUUGUCUAUGAUAUAGUAUAUCUAUUCAAUUGUCAGAUUUGUUCACAGUUCAUUCUAUUGUACAGACUAUUGUAAGUCAUUCUCAUUAUCUGGAUUGUUGAUUUAUAUACAUACAUAUAUAUAUAAAAUAAACAUAAUUUACAUAAAUCAUAUCAAAAAUA